AUGUCAAAAACGGAUGAACGAGCACAAAAAGCCUUUCCAGAAUUAGAACAAACUAUUAAUGAUUUAUAUUCAAAACCAUUACCAUCAAAAUUAUAUCGACGUGCUCGACGUGAAUAUAAGAAAGUAAAACGUCUUCAAAACUUGUUACAUCGUCGACCUGAUAUUAUUGUAUGUCGAAUAGAUAAAGGUGAAGGAUUUUAUUUUGGUAAUCGAGCUACAAUGGAUUAUAAAACAGAAGAAUACAUGAAUCAAACUGAAGCUUAUCAAGAAGUGAUCACUGAUCGUUGUCCUUUAGCUGAUAUUCUACGUUCAACAGAAGCUGUACUCGAUUAUCUCGUUAAGAAAAAAGCCAUUACAAAAGCUCAACGUGAUAAACUUCUACUUAAUGUAAACAAACUUGAACUACCUUAUUUGUAUCCAUUACCAAAAAUACAUAAGCUUGGAAUUCCCAUCAGACCUAUCGUGUCUGGACUACAUGCUCCAGUAACAUUAGUUUCAAAAUUUUUGUAUCAUCUUCUAACACCUAUCUAUAUGCAAGUGGCUCAUGAAACCACAUUUAUUAAUAGUAUUGAUCUUGUUCGUCAAUUAGAAAAAUAUGCUGCCGAUGGUUAUCUUAAACCUACAACAAAGUUUAUUACAGCUGAUGUUGAAAAUCUUUAUACUAUGAUACCAAGAGAAGGUGGCAUUAAUGCAUUAAUACGAUUUUUAGAUAAAUAUUCUAAAUAUCGCAAGAUAGGUCCAUUUACUAUAGACAUGAUAUUAAAAAUGGCUCGUCUAAUUUUGGAUACAAAUUGUUUUGCAUAUAAAAAUAAAUAUUAUCAACAAAAACGUGGUGGCGCAAUGGGUUCAGCAUUUACACAAGUCUUUGCGAAUAUUUAUAUGUUAGAAUGGGAGAAAGAUUUAAUUGAACACCAGAUAUCGAAACAUGAAAUUUAUGGACGAUAUAUUGAUGAUAUUUUUAUGACCAUGAAUGAACCAUUCGAUGAACUAACAAAAAAACUCGACGAAGCACAACAGAAAGAUGUCAAUAUUAAAAUAAAGCCUACCAUUCACGAAUCAGUUCAUUUUCUUGAUGUUACGAUUACGAAUGAAAAUGGUCAAUUAAGAACAUCUAUCUAUCAUAAACCAACUGCUGAUCCAUACUUUUUACCAUAUACAUCAGAUCAUCCACAUCGAAUUCAUCGCAAUAUACCAUACACUGCAUUAGUACGUGCUGCACGUCUUUGUUCAAAUCUUCAUGAUUUUCAUUUCGAACGAUUACGUAUUGAUGUAUCAUUGUUAUUGAAUAACUAUCCACCAAAAUUUAUAACAAAUCAAUUUCAUCAAUUUUUUCAAGUGAAUAAAGCUGAUAUUCUAAUCAAACGAUUCAAUGAACAAACUUAUAAACAAUUACAUCGAAAACUACUAUAUCAACCAUCGAAACGUGAAAUUGAAUUGAAAGCUACGAAAAAAGAUCCUGUCCUAUUUCCGCCGAUAUUACAACAAAAGCCAUGGAAUCCUAGUAUGAUGUACUUACGAUACCCAUUUGAAAGUGGACCCAUGUCAACAUUUCCUCAAAAAUUCCUCAUAUGGUGGAAAAAACAUUACCAAUACCCAGGAUCACCAGCAAAUCGUAUACAAAUUCGCCUUAUCCCGAAGACAAACCGAUCAUUACAAAACUUAUUGAUCCGAAAAAAGCCUCCACGGUUAAUUCUCACAGGAAUGGAACCGAAAACAGAAUAA